CCCUGCCAUGGGACAGGCUGAGGCUGAAUCUUAUUGUCCUCUCAGUCUGAGUUAACUAUAACAGCAGCGUUCCGUCACUUGCUUUUUAACGUGUAGGAAAGGAAAUGCCAAGAGCUCUGGCAGUACAGGUUAGUUUAAUCUGCCGGCAGUGUAUAUUCCAGCAGCCAAGGCUUCCCAAGAUGGUGCAACACCAGAGCUUACUCCUCUGCACUUGUUGUAAGGAAGGUCACUAUGCUCCUGCAGAUCUCCAUGAGCUUGACUGUUUGCAGCCUGACACUGUGGCCGAUGACAUUGACGGGUGCUACACUGCCCAGCAGCGGGCAGCUGUCCUGAGGGUACUGAACACAGCUUCCCGCGAGGAGCUGGCAGGAAUCAAGCUGUUGCGGGGCAGAAAGUCGGCCAACAUUGUGGAGUACAGGGCAGGGCGCGGACCAUUCACCAACCUGCAGAGUCUGUUGGAGGUGCCCCUCUUCAAACACAAAACUAUAUUGAAGGUGUGUCAGUCAAUCCUGAAACCCUGUCAGGAGCCUGGGAAGAAAGAGAAGAAAUUCCAGGGUUUGAAAUUUAUCAAACCUGACGUAGAACGAAAGCGACUUCUGGCAGUAAAAACCAUCGUGUCAGUUGUGUUUGGAAUCCGUAAGAUUGCAUGGGCUCACGUGGACCGGAAUCUGACUGUCCUGGACUGGAACCAGGAAACGAGUCAUCGGUACAUGAAAGGACCGUACCUGCCCUCCAUCUACCUCGAGGAGAUCUCCUCCGCCGUCUCAAAAAUCCCCAAAGCGGAUUUCUUCAUCUUGGAGAAGCCCAGCAUCUCAGUCCAGAACACCAACCUGUUCCCUGUGACUUUGCACUUGCGCACUAUUGAGGCUAUGCUACACGGGCUGCUGGGGGCAAGUUUCCUGGAGGAUGGUCAGCACAAGGUGCUGAGCGUGGUGCGCACUGCUGUCGGGAAGCACUUUGAGUUGAUGGUGGGGGAAUCCCGGACGAGUGGCAGGGAACUGGUCCAGCAGUUCAUGAUUGACUCAGUGACACAGGAGCACCCUCGGGUGCUGUUCCCUCGGGACGCUUUGGCCCGUUACAGGAGACUGUUUCAGAAGGGAAAUGCAGAUCGGGGAGAGGAAAUGUGUGAUGCUUUGCUGCAGGCUAUUGCUUUCUAUGAAUUUCUGUUUAACAAUCCUUAAAAAUCACACCAUAAUUAAAGAGGGACUCAAUUUUAUCAAUACAAACAUCUUGAUAAGUACCACUCUUGGUCAGGGUGAAAAAAAGAAAAUAUCUACUUCAGUUUCUCCUUGCUCCCACUCCUCACUUGAUGUCUCAUUGCCAUAUGACUUAUUAGUCACCCUUUGAUACUUUGCCCACGUAGCCUCAGAGCACGGUAGUCCUUCCUGAUGGUCUGGUCAAUCAGCAUCAAAGAAGAGAGAGUUUGGUAACUGUCACAUUGCUGUUUGUGGGAGGUUUGCUGUCAGCAAAUUGGCUUCAAUGCUUCCGAGACUCCAAAAGUGCCUGCACUUCAGAUGUACUUCACUGACUCUAAUGCAUUUUGGGAUGAUCGGUGGUCAUGAUAGGCGCUGUGGAAAUGCAGGUUCUUUUCUUGUGCAUGAUCCCUGACUGAAAAUGUUGGAUUGAUUACCUGACUGCAACAGGCUUCACUGUUAAGCUAAAACUUGAUGCCUAUUUGAACACUAUCCUAAAUCCAAGGGCAUUGAUUGUAACUGAUUUACCACACGACAUUUAAUAGAGAGUUGAGUGGGUUGCAGGCAGCAAUCAGCAAAACUUCAAUCUAAAAUAUAAACAGAAAAUGUUGGAAAUAUUCAGUAGUGCAAAGAGCAGCUGUGGAGAGAGAAG